AUGGUCAACAACUUGGCCAAAAUACUCAAUCCAAACACUUUGCAAAACCAAGGGCCAGAUAAUGGAAUGGAACCUCCUCAAAUUCUGCAUGUUGAGAGAAGUGAUGUCAGCACAUCUGAAAGUUUCAACAUCAUGGAUGUGAAGUUUGCCUCCCUUGAAGAGAAAAUUGAUAAACUGUUGACUCUGCAAGACAAUGUCCUUAAGAAGCUUAACAGUGUUUCCCAAGAAAUCUGUUGCAUUGAAAAAGACAUGGAGAUGUUUCUUUCUGCACAGGUCAUCAAAGAAAAGUCACAUUUCAAUGAAACAGAAACAAAAGAAAAGAAGCCACCAGAUUCGACAGAUGGGGACAUCCAGCAGGGUCAGUCCUGCUCUCAGGAAGAAGAAGUUGAUAAGCUCAACAAGGAAAAUGCCAAGAGGGAAAGUUCUGUUCUGCUUGAAGUGGAUCCUCCCAAAUUUCAUACUGAAGAGUCAGAGGAGAAAAAAGAAAGUUUGUCUUUAGAAAGUCAUUAUGAAUAUAGGAGAAACUCUUUUCAGGAAUCCUUCACUCCACAAAAGCAGCAGGAAGAAGAUGCUUUUGAUGAUGCUUGUGAAAAACUAACUGUGCAGGAGAUAGAGAGUGAGUCCCCAGCAGAUGAGGAGGAGAAGAAGGAACAUCAGGUGCCUGAAGAUGCACUUGAGGAACAACAAGAGGAGAAAGAGAAUGAAGGGGAAGAAAAUGCUGAUAAGAGUGAAAAAGGUGCUGAGGAACCACCAGCUCCUUCCCAAAAGGAAGAUGAGGCAGAACAAAGUGAUGAUGAAGAGGUACCAGAGGGAAGGUGUAAAAGCUGCGAAAAAGAUGAUAUUCCUACUCCACCAGCACCAUUUGAUCACCGGAUUGUCUCAGCCAAAAGGGUGGGGAUCAGCAAUUAUUACAAUGUCAAUGAGGAUGAAAUUCUGGGAGGAGGGCGAUUUGGACAAGUGCACAAAUGUGAAGAGAAAGCAACAGGUCUCAAGCUGGCAGCCAAAAUUAUAAAAGCACAAGGUCCAAAACAGAAGGAUGAAGUAAAAAAUGAAAUCAAUGUCAUGAACCAGCUGAAUCACGUGAACCUCAUCCAGCUAUAUGAUGCCUUUGAAUCUAAAAAUGACAUUGUACUUGUCAUGGAAUAUGUGGAAGGAGGAGAGCUAUUUGACCGAAUUAUUGAUGAAAACUACAAUUUGACAGAGAUGGAUACUAUCUCAUUCAUAAAGCAGAUCUGCAAGGGAAUUCAGUACAUGCACCAAAUGUACAUUCUUCAUUUGGAUCUCAAGCCUGAGAAUAUCCUGUGCGUGAACCGAGAGGCAAAUCAAAUAAAAAUUAUUGAUUUUGGAUUGGCAAGAAGAUAUAAACCCAGGGAAAAACUUCGAGUUAACUUUGGGACUCCAGAAUUUCUUGCUCCUGAAGUUGUGAAUUAUGAGUUUGUCUCUUUUCCUACAGACAUGUGGAGUUUAGGAGUCAUUGCUUAUAUGCUCCUCACUGGAUUGUCUCCUUUCUUGGGUGAUGAUGACAAUGAGACCCUCAACAAUAUCCUGGCCUGUAACUGGGAUUUUGAAGAUGAGGAAUUUCGAGAUGUUUCUGAUGAGGCCAAAGAUUUCAUAUCAAAGCUUCUCAUCAAGGAGAAAUGCUGGAGAUUAAGUGCAACUGCUGCCUUAAAACACCCAUGGUUAACAGACCACAAGCUCCACUGCAGACUUCAGAAAAAGGCUAAAGGUGACUGUGUGUCUCAAGCACCCCUGGCUCAAUAACCUCUCUGAAGGAGCUGCCAAACAGAAGAAAAGCUGCUGUGUGGUUACUGCUGCUAAGAGAUUUGAAAAUAUCAGCAGUCUCGGUGCUUUACCCCCCUGCCAUGACUGAGACUUCUACUAAAUGGACCAACAGCACUUUAGUUGCAGGACAAGUCCCAGCAUUGUGGAGCUGCUUCUUCUCAAUUCAGCUUUUAAAAGAAGCAAAGUAUUUCUCCGGGUUGCAGGAACGUGUUUCUUCUGGAGCAGCAAGUUCUCCAUGCCUGCAAGUGCUACAUUAGCUUGGUUUCAUAAUGAACUUUUCUCUAUCUAGUCUUAUAUCCUCAUUUACUUAACAAAGGCUCCUUAAUGUUUAUAUUAUCAUGUAAAAUUAACUCACUCAUCUAAGCUCAGAAGGCAAUCUGUCACUACAUCUGUUGCCAAGGUUCAUUUGACACUGGAGUCAAAUAAUUUUAAAAAAAUGAAAAAACAAAAAAUUGCAACAAAUUUAAAGCUGCCUUCUGUAGAAGAUUGGAAGUUCUUUUUCCUGUCACACUAAAAUGAGUUAAGGAUUAGCUCAACCAGAUUUAAAGCCACGUUAAUGUAACACCACUGAAGGGAGAAAUGAGGCUUUCCUUGUGUAUAGGUGAAUUUGCUGCAACUGUGAUAUGGUACAUUUCAGGAUUUUUUAGCCUGAUGAAUUACUGCUCGCUGUAAAUACACUUGGAUUAAUUAAACAAGAAAGAGAAUAAGGCACUAUUCACUUGUACCUGUGCAGACCCCGUUCUCCAAAAUGCAAGUAUAAUUCAGAGUUAUUUUAAAUAGGGUGAUUUUAUAACAGUGAAUCUGUUUAGUGCUAAUUUAACUGAUUAGGGCCACUGGCAAAGAGGUGAGUCAGCGCUUUGCUCAUUAUAACCUCUGAGUACAGGCUCAAGUAAAAAUACUCUGUAUUUCUAAAGUUUUCUUAUCUUGCUCCCAAGCCUUUCUGAUUCUUAACUAGGUAAAAAAAUGGGAGUCAGAACAGCUGAAUUUUUCACCUGAAUUUUUUUGAUUAUGGCUCACCAUUAAGUGAAUCUAAGUUACCAAGGCUCCAACAUUAAAAUAAUGACACUUACUCCCUGCUGUAUAUGGCUUUCUUACUGCUUGGUUUUGGAAUUACAUAAAUGCAAAUUGUAACGAGUAUUUUAUUUAAUCAUGCUGUUGUGGUGUCUUUACAUUGUCUUUGCUUAAUCCAGUUCUGAUCAAACCACAUAUUAACAUAGCUAUCUCUAUAUAUUUAUCUAUGCUUUUCAUAUAUUUAUAUAUUUAAGUUCUGUCUUUUUAAAAAGGGAUCAACAUAAAGACAAAACAGUAGUAUUCAUCACCAUGCAAUGAAUUGCUUCUCACACCUUUGUCCUUUCUAGAUAGCAUUCAUUUUGAAAUAAAAAGGGGCCCAUUAAUGGGACAUCAUGGCCAUCACACUCUCUACAGCUAGUUUGAUCCAAUGUUUUGAAAUCAUUGUAGUACAUCCCUUAGGACUGCUCCUGUAAAUGAACUGGGCUUCUUACAGCUGUGACAUCUUACUAAUACUGAUGUGUUGCACCAGAGGUUGCGAAUACUGACACAUCAUGUAAUUUUUAUAAGAUAUAGAGCCCUGCCACCUUCAAGUCCUCAUCUAUAGUCUUAAGUAAACUUUGACAAGCAGAAAUGGAAGUUUCUUUGGGAAAAGACUGAGAGGUCUCAGAGCAAGAAAAUGAGCAUAUGACUUUUAGAUAAAAGCUGAACUGCUGGUUUUUAGUCACCUCGUCAUUUGCCUGGUUAUUUGCCUGGUCAAAAUGAAUAGAAAACUUGCCUUUCUGUUAGGCCUGGAUUUUCCACUUCUGUUCUGACUCUCUUCAAUAUAUUGUAGCUUUUUGUACAGUAAGCAAUUCAAUGAUCAGGCUAAAAUUCAGCAAAACCCUUUGGAAUAACAGGAUCUCAUCAUGCACUCUAGUGCUAUUAUUGUAGAAUUGGAUCAGGGUUUUGUUUUCCCUUUGGUAGAUUUUACAAGGAUAAACUGCAUGUAAUUUUGAAUCUUAUUAACUAUACUAAAAUAAUACUGUGACUACAGUCUUUUCUGCUUCGUUGCUCAGUUGAAUUAAGAGGAUUUGUUGAUAUAUACAUCUGAGUAAUAAUUAAGAGCUUAAUGCCGUGAAGAUCAGCCCAGUGUUAGAGUGUGUUGUGCUGAGUCAACCACAAAUCCUCCAGGAGCUGUUGGUAAAUGUGGCCUCUGUUGAGCACAUCCCCCACGUUCAUCCGUACAGUGCUCUGUCAGAAAUAGGAACACAUGGGAGGAUAGAAGAGCUGGACUUAUUUCCCCCACCUUGAGAAUUCAGGCAUGAGUUGAAGAGGGGACCCCUUAGCAACCUCUGGCUUGUGCGACAAGGCAGUGUGCUAACACAAUCAAGGCAUUGAACUUCCAUUCUUAAUAACAUGGAUAAUGGUGGUCACACUCUAGAGCCUUGUCUGUAAAUUGUCCCACUGUUUCAUUCUUGGAACAGUUCCUGCAGUAGAUGGUCAACUUGAGGGAGGGACAGUCAGAGGAGGGUGGACUGAGCAAAUCUCUGGAGUGACUGAAGGUGCCAUUUGGUGUCCAGGGUUAAACCCAAGUGAGCCUGCAGGUUUCCAGUGGAGAAGGAAAGAAUCCCAAGCACACUUCUGCUUUUUGCUGCACAGAUGCUGGAUCUGCAGCACCAAGUCAAAAGGGAGAUACAUCACCUAGGGCCUGUCACCAAGGGUAAAAAAUUAUACUGCUAUGUAAUCAUCACUGCUGUGUAUAGCAAUGUGCCUGAGAAAAAUGUCUCCAGAGAUGUUCAUUUUUGUCCUGCAUCCACCUCAACAUGUGAAACAGGCUGCCCAGGGAGAUCACUGUUGCAAUCCUCUCCCACGGACUCUCUCUCUCUGGAGACAUUCCAAACCUCCCUUGAUGUGUUCCUGUGUCACCUGCUUUAGGUGACCCUGCCUUGGCAGAGGAGUUGGACUGGACGAUCUCCAGAGGUCCUUAAAAAUUCUGUAAUUCUGUGACCUUUUCUGGCUGUUGUUAUUUUAGUAAAUAAUAGCUUGAGACAGAUUCUUUUUAAUGGCUUCCUAAUUGUGUUGUUGCACUUUGAGCAGCAUGCUGUUUUGUGUGUAUGCUCACAUAUGCAAGUUUGGUUUUACUUUGCCCUACCUCUGGAAACAUUCAAGGCUGAGUUGGACAGGGCUGUAAGCACCCUGAUCAAGUGGGUGACCUCAUUUCUCAUUGCAGGAAGGUUGAACUAGAUGACCUCUAAAGGUCCUGUCCAACUCAAACUAAUCUAUGAUUCUAUGAUUUAAUGAUUUAAGUAUGUUCUGUAAUGAGUAAUAGCUAAAGUCUACUAUGUUAAAUUAUUUUUUUGACACAUCAUCAUUUAUUUUCUACUAGGUCAUAAUAAUACUAAGGCUACUAGGUUCUAAUAAGUCACCUACAUCUGUGUGAGUUUGCUUAUACUUUUUGAUACAUAUUGGCUUACAUGAUUGCAUUUGGAAACUGAAUUUCUGUGCUUGUGAGCAGGUUUGGGUGUGAAAGGCACUGUUCUAGCUGCUGUUAUUCCAUUUAGCUGUAUACUCACGAACAGACAGGGAUGACUGCAGGUACCUCAAGAGUGGCAUAGAAACAUCAGUUGCAGUGCGAGGGAUCAAGUACCCAGAUGCAGUGCUUGUUUUGUGCAUUCUUCCUGACAUGUAAAAAUUGAAAAACAAAAUCCUAGGAACAUGACAACUAUCACCUGGCACUUAUAAGAAUCAGGACACUGUUAUUCCCACUCCUAUAGAUGCAGCAGGUAUACUAGAGUAAUCUAAGAGUGACAGAAGUAAAUAUACUUGGUACAAGAUGUACCAAGUAUAUUUACACCAAGUAUAUUUACACCACCACACCAGUGGUUUUUCAACUGUUUUUAUAUGUUGUACAUCAUGAAGAUUAUGAAAUGGGUAAAAACCUCUUCUGUAGGAAGAUCUCCAUACUACCAUGUCGGUGUUUUUGAAUGCCUGCAGCUCCUCUGGGUACCCUCACAGCAUAAGCAGUUGGCAACCUGGGUAAUCCACUCUGGAGAUUACAAGAAUAAAUCCUUUUAAAUUUGUUAUUCCCUCUAAUGUCAGAAGCUGAAUAAACUUAAAGCCAAGCUAAAUUCUUGAUUCCAACAAGGAAUAACAGGGUAGCUCACAGAAAUAAAUAAGGGAAGUGCUAGAUCCACCUUUUGUGAUGUGAGUAGUAGAAGAGCCCACUUUAACAAUCCCAUCUUCCUGCCAAAAAUAUCUACUUUGCACCAGUCCUGAUCAGUAAAAAUAAAAAUAAUCUUAAUAUUUUUAACAGUGAAGGAAGGAAUCUCAAUCAAGAAACAGUUUUUCUGCAGUGGUUAAAUUGCUUCAGUAAAAGUCAAGUUAUUUUAGCAUUUUCAGUUUAAUGCUGACACUAUAAAUCACUGCCAGCCUCUUUCAGCAAAAUGGCCCCCACCAGGAGCUGUGAGAAAAGAAGGUGUUUGUCAGCUCCUCUCCAGUGAUGGAGACCUAGAAACUUUGGAUUCCAUUCUGCUGGAUCCAGUGAGAAGGGCAAUUCUUAGCUUUGGACUUUUAAUACCUGGUAAUGGAUGCAUUUUUGCACCCAGAGUAGUGAUGAAUGGAUGAAUGAGCAGCAAUGCUCCAAACUCCUUCCAGGAGGAUGAUGCAUCUUCACAUACCACUUUUAUCAGCAAUAGAUACUUGUUCUUGUGUCUCCUGUGACUAAAACUAAAAACUGUGUGAAUCCAUGUAGGAGUGCUAGACUGUUUCACCUUCCAUGAAGGCUUGGUAGCUGAACAACUAACUACCUGUUUCAAACCUAGAUGAAGACUGGUAGAGGUAGUGCUUUGUAAAUACAUUGUUUAGCUCUGUGUCUUUAGAGUUAGCAAUCUCAUUUUGGUAUGGCAGAACUAAUGUUUGUGUACCCCACAGCAACUUCCCUUGCAUUUAGAAGACAGGCAUGUGGCAACUGUAUCAUGAAGCAUGUGGAUUUUCAUGUACCUUAUCACCUUGGUUUGCAUAUCUGGUUUUGUAGAUUAACUCAUGUAUCUCUGGUAUGUGUUCUUUUGUGAAAACAAUGAAGCAAUCUUGUAAAAAUAUGAAUGAGGAAUAAAUGCUGAUUUUGUUUACUCCA